AUGCCACACCUGUCAGGAGAAAGACCAGACUCAGUGGAACCAGAGCCAGGGACGUCCAAACCCGCAAGACGACACCAGUGCUCCCAGUGUGGAAAGUGUUUCAACCAGUCAGUGGAGCUGAAACGGCAUGAGAAAAUACACACAGGGGAGAAGCCUUACCAGUGCUCCCAGUGUGGAAAGUGUUUCUACUGGUCAGGGGAUCUGAAAAAACAUGAGAGAAUACACACAGGGGAGAAGCCUAAUCACUGCUCCCAGUGUGGAAAGUGUUUCAACCAGUCAUGGAAGCUGAAACGGCAUGAGAGAAUUCACACAGGGGAGAAGCCUUACCACUGCUCCCAGUGUGGAAAGUGUUUCAACCAGUCAUGGGAGCUGAAACGGCAUGAGAGAAUUCACACAGGGGAGAAGCCUUACGACUGCUCCCAGUGUGGAAAGUGUUUUGAGCGGUUAGGGAACCUGAAACAACAUGAGAUAAUACACACAGAGGAGAAGCCUUAUCACUGCUCUCAGUGUGGCAAGUGUUUUAAUCAGUUAGGGAACCUGAAACAGCAUGAGAGAAUACACACGGAGAAGCCUUUUCACUGCUCCCAGUGUGGAAAGUGUUUCAACCAGUCAGUGAAGCUGAAACGGCAUGAGAGAAUUCACAAAAGGGAGAAGCCUUACCACUGCUCCCUGUGUGGCAAGUGUUUUAAUCAGUUAGGGAACCUGACACGGCAUGAGAGAAUACACACGGGAGAUGCCUUACCAUUGCUCCCUGUGUGGAAAGUGUUUUAACUAGUUCGGGAACCUGAAACAACAUGAGAUAAUACACACAGGGGAGAACCCUCACCACUGCUCCCAGUGUGGAAAGAGUUUUCACCUUUUAUGGAACCUGAACGUUCAUGAGCUAAUACACACAGUUAAAUGUCUUUCGAGAAUCCUCACAGGAGAGAGAAAUUACUUCUCUUAGCGUGUAUAUUGAUAUUUCACAUCUCAUUCUCAUUACAAUUCAUCAGAGAACAAACACAGUGGUCCCGUUGUCUUAUAUUGUUGACUUGUGUGUUUACCUGUUUUACCAGAUUAAAUUGCUUCUUCCAAUUAUUGAUAAACAUGUACCUGUUAAGGGUCUGUUAGAACUGUUCCAUGUACCUGUAAAUUGAGAAAUGAUGUGACCAAACUCAACAAAAAUAAUAAACUUUAUUAGGAACCCAAGAUCAAUGAUAUAAAGAAUGAUGAAA